GGAUCAGGAAACACUCCGAGAGGAACUCGGUCUCGACUUCAACCGCUAAAACUACAUUUAAAACGACAUGAAGUGAAUAACUUUGCGACUCGAAGGACGAGUCCGUCCAACGGAAGACUGCGUUUUAAACGAGGAGCUGCCCACGCGCUGCCGGCGUCCUACAGGAGGAUGGCAGGCCUGCUCUCGUCUGUGAAGCGAGGGCUGCAGCUUGAGGCUCUGAGGGAAGCCGGCCGCCAGUAUCCCGUCUUCUGCUUCGUGCUGCUGGCGAUGGCGUCGCUGACUCUGCUGCUCACCAGGUUCCUCCACGUCCUGAUGGUGUUCUGGUCGUUCCUGGCCGGCGUGGCCACGUUCUACUGCUCCCUGGGCCCAGAGUCCCUCCUGCCCAACGUGUUCUUCAGCGCCGGGCCCAGGAGAGAACGGCGUGAGCAGGAGUUGUUUCCUUCGGGUCACAGCUGUGCCGUGUGCGGGAAGGUGAAGUGCAACCGUCACCGGCCGACGCUGCUCCUGGAGAACUACCAGCCGUGGUUGGACCUGAAGGUUCCCUCCAAAGUGGACGCUUCAGUAGCCGAGGUGUUUGAGUUGGUUCUGGAGAACUUUGUGUACCCCUGGUACAGGGACAUCACGGACGACGAGGCGUGUGUGGACGAAGUGAGGACGACCUUCCGCUUCUUCGCGUCGGUGCUCGUCCGCCGGGCUCAAAAGGUGGACGUUCCGGCCGUGUUUGCAGACAAAGUGUUGAAAGCUGUCAUGAAGCACAUUGAGAUCAUUGCAAAAGCUCGACACAAAGUGAAGAACGUGGAGGCCCUGCAGCAGGCCGCUCUGGAUGCAUACGGUCCUGACCUCCACAUCGCGCUGCACAGCCGCAAAGACGAGCUGCUGUACCUGAGGAAGCUGACGGAGAUGCUGUUCCCCUACGUCAUGCCGCCCAAAGCCACCGACUGCAGGUCUCUGGCGCUGCUGCUCCGGGAGGUGAUGGCCGGUUCCGUGUUGCUGCCCACGAUGGACUUCAUGGCCGACCCGGACACUGUGAACCUCAUGGUGCUGAUCUUCCUCGAUGAGACUCCCCCUGAAGCCUCCACCGAUGCUCCGUCCUCUCUGGUGCCGUUCUUACAGAAAUACGCAGACGUCAGCAACAAGAAGGCGUCUGUGCUGAAGCUGGACCUGAAGGAGAUCCGGGAGCAGCAGGACCUCCUGUUCCGCUUCAUGAACUUCCUGAAGCAGGAAGGAGCUGUUCACGUGCUGCAGUUCUGCCUCACUGUGGAGGAGUUCAACGAUAAGAUCUUGAGUCCAGACCUGAGCGACUCUGAGCUGCAGCGGCUUCACGGUGAAGUGCUUCACAUCUACAAGACGUACUGCCUGGAGGAGAGCGUCGACAAGAUCAGCUUCGACCGCUUCAUCGUGGAGGAGAUCCGCAUCAUCGCUGAAGGCCCGUACCUCGGCGUGGUGAAGCUGCAGACCAUGCACUGCCUGUUCGAGGCCUACGAGCACGUCCUGUCUCUGCUGGAGAGGGUCUUCACCCCCAUGUUCUGCCACAGCGACGAGUACUUCAGACACCUGCUGAGGGGAGCUGAGUCUCCAGCCAGGAACUCACGCACCAACAGGAACUUGUCGAAGCGAGGCGAGUCGUUCGGCAUCAGCCGGAUCGGCAGCAGAAUCAAAGGCGUGUUCAAGAGCGCCGCCAUGGAGGGCGCCGUGCUGCCGCCGGGCGCCAUGAGCGACCUGGACGAGGAGCCGGUGGAGGAGGCCACCGUGGUGCUGGAGGACGACGCCCCCCCCGAGCCGGCCUCCUCGCCGGACUCCCCGAGGAACCUGUCGGCGUGGAGCGUCGCCAUCCCGUACAUCGACGUCUACGACGACGACGUGAAGCGGGAGAAGGUCCCCGUGUUCUGCAUCGACGUGGAGCGCAAGGACAGGAAGGAGGUGGGUCACGACCCGGAGCGGUGGUCCGUGUACCGGCGGUACCUGGAGUUCUACGUGCUGGAGUCCAAACUCACCGAGUUCCACGGCACAUUUGCAGACGCUCAGCUUCCGUCUAAAAGAAUCCUCGGACCAAAGAAUUCUGACUUCCUUUCCUCCAAGAAGGAAGAGUUUGAGGAAUAUUUACAGAGGCUCCUGCAGCAUCCAGAGCUCAGUAACAGUCAGCUGUUGGCAGACUUCCUGUCUCCUCACAGCAUGGAGUCUCAGUUCCUGGACCGGAUGCUGCCCGACGUCAACCUGGGAAAGAUGUUUAAGUCUGUUCCGGGGAAGCUGAUGAAGGAGGUUCAGGGACCUCGGGAUUUCUUACCGCCGACGACACUAAGCACAUUGAACUGUUUCUUCCAGAAAGGACAGAACCUGGACCCGUUCAUCCAGUCCUUCUUCAACUCCUGCGAGUCGCCCAAACCCAAACCCGGCCGCCCGGAGCUGACGAUCCUCAGCCCGGCCCCCGAGAGCAGCAAGAAGCUCUUCACCGACUUGUUCAAGAACAACGCAAACCUGUCUGAGAGUUCAGAGAAGAGGCACAACGACAACUUCUUCCUGGAGGCGGUCUCUGUAGACGGCAUGUACGACUCCGUGAUGCACGUCGGCCGGACGGUGUUCCACAUGGCCGACUGGCUCCACCAGGCUCUGUCUGCUGGCCGGAUCCUCGUGAAGAACUCGUUUGAAGGCUACAUGGACCGGUUCCUGCAGUCCAAGCUGGACCUGAUCCUCCAGGAGCACCACCUGGUGUCCCUCAUCACGCAGCUCCGAGACUCCAUGUUCUGUGAGAGCAGUGAGCAGCGACCGCCAGAGGACCAACUCCUCCGAGCCCAGAGGACGUUUGAUGAGAUGAUGAACUACCUUCCAGACGCGGUGGUCCGCUGCAUCGGCCAGGAGGCGAAGCGCGACGGCGUGCGCCUCCUGUUUGACGGCUUCCAGCAGCCCGUCCUCAACAAGCAGAUGACGUACGUCCUGCUGGACGUGGCCGUGCGGGAGCUCUUCCCCGAGCUCAGCAAGCUGAGCGAGUGACGUCGUCCCGUGAGCUCCUCAUGGCACGGCAACACGUAGCUCAGGUGUUAGCGGAUCAGUGAGGCGAGCCAGGUGUCUCCUCUGCAGGGAGCCGACACAUCCCGCCUUAUCGAUUAUGGAUUAUUGAUCGGCGCGACACGAUUUCCCCCCCGAAAAACUUCAGGGUCAUCUUUACAUUCCAAUGUAUAUAAAAGCAUUAAUAAAAAGAUUUAUAUUUAUUGAUGUCA